AUGAUUCGGCUCACAGCAAUUCUAAACACGUCCAAGCAGCACGGGUGGCGCUUCGAGAAACUCAGGCCGAUUUUCAAGAAGUGGGUACGCAUCAACCACCCUCCACAAGUAAGGUCGCCACUCGUGAAGCUUGACCCCGAGAGCAACAAGCUGCUCUACGUUUGCAACGGAAGGAUAUCCCCGAGGUACUGCGCCAAGUUAGAGAAGACUGCCAAACACUUCAUCAAGAAGGGCGACGUCGUAGAGACCCCUGUUUUAGCCAUGGUUAAGGGCGGUUCGCACGUUUUACUCGAGACGCUCAGCAUGGACGACGUCGAGCAGUUUGAGAAGCUGGUGCCGGAAAUAAGAAAGGCCUUCGAAGGUGGGUGCCGUGAUUGUGUUUUGCACGUUUUGUGUACAUUUGCGGGUGACCAGCUGUCUCCAUACAGCAACUGCUGGUCAACGGUGCCCACUGCAACCCGUGCCUCGGAUCGGCAAGAUUCCGUCAAGCGGAUACUGAACCGCCACCGGGAGACACCGCGCACAAUGUGUAUAAUAGCUCAUUCCAACGACAUGUGGACCUAUAAAUAA